AUGACACUUCUGGUUUAUGUGGAUGAUAUUGUUUUUGCAAGCACUGAUAGGCAGGCUAUCACUGAUCUUACUGUUUUCUUAAACACUCGGUUUAAGCUCAAAGAUUUAGGCUCUUUACGGUUCUUUCUUGGCUUGGAGGUUGCUCGCUCGGCUGCAAGGAUUUCUCUUUGUCAGAAGAAAUUUGCUUUGGAUAUCCUGAGUGAUACUGGUCAUUUGGCUGCUAAGCCAUCUUCUUUUCCAAUGGAUUCCAAUGCCAAGUUUUCUGCUUUGGAUGGGGAGCUUUUUGAUGAUCCUAAGUCCUAUCGCAGAUUGAUUGGUAGGCUAUUGUAUCUUACUCUUACUCGGCCUGACUUAACAUAUGUUGUUCAUACCUUAAGUCAGUUUAUGCAAUCUCCUUGGAAGCCUCAUUUAGAUGCUGUCUAUCUCAUUCUUCAGUACAUUAAAGCUACUCCUGGUCAAGCGUUGUUCUUUCCAACUUCUUCUUCUUGUCACUUGAAGGCGUUUUGUGACUCUGACUGGGCUGGCUGCCCUGACACAUGCCGAUCAGUCUCUAGCUUCUGUGUUUUUCUGGGUGAUUCCUUAAUUUCCUGGAAGUCUAAGAAGCAGACCACUGUUUCCCGCUCUUCAGCUGAGGCUGAAUACCGUUCCAUGGCUGCUGUUUGCAGUGAAAUUACUUGGUUAUUUCAUCUUCUCCAGGAUUUUCAGAUUACACAUUCUCAGGCUGCACUUCUUUUUUGUGACAGCAAGGCGGCUUUGCACAUAGCUGUAAUCCGGAAUACGACGAACGAACUAAACACAUCGAGAUCGAUUGUCAUGUUGUGCAAGAAAAAAAUCCAACUUGGCUUAGUUCGAACUCUGCAUGUGUCUUCUUCCAAUCAGCUUGCUGAUUUAUUUACGAAAGCUCUUCGCUCUGAGGCUUUUCGUUCUUUGCUGUCCAAGAUGAACAUUCACAACAUCCAUUGUUCAUCUUGA